AUGGGCUCUGGCCGCAACAAUGUAUUCCUCGCCCUUCCAGGCCCCAAGCCAUGCCGGGUGCUUGUACUGGACGAUGCCGUGCUGCCGGACCUGGACCUGCUGGCGUCGCUGGAGGACGUGAUCGAGCAGCAGGCGCCGCCACUGCAGUUCACAGACGUGGAGCUCGUCCCUCUGGAGUCCGGGCAGCAGGACGGAUAUCAGCUAACGCCAGAUCUCAGCGCCGUGGUGGCAACAGCGGGCUGUCACCAAGUUCCUGCCAUCCGGGACAAGGUGGAAGCAAUGGAUAUAUCCACUAUUCUUUUCACAGGUCCCGGCUGCGCGCCUGUUCGCACCGGACGCCUGUACCAGCUACCCGUCUUCCCCAGCUUCCGUGACCUCCCGGAGGUGUUCAGGGAGAUGCAGAGCAGUGGUACACUGCGCUGGAGUGAGGUCAACCUCAUCAGCUACAGUGAUGCGGAUCACACCUUGCUGCGGGAUCUGAUCGACGUGCUGCGCUCCAACAAUGCCGAGCAGGCGGUGCUCACCGUGUACUCGAUCCCCCGUCAGCAGGACAACACUACCGGCGCCGGCAGCCCGGGCGCGCGACACGUGCUGAAGGCGAUCCACGAGCAGGCGAACCACGAGGGCCACCAGUUUCUGGUGCUCGCCGAUCGCAAGUCUGCCCACAACAUUCUGAUGGAGGCUCGUUCAAUGCAUUUAAUGGUGCCAGAAACGCAGUGGCUCAUUGUGUUUUGGGAUACGACCCAGCAAGACACAAACAUGCUCCAGUUUCUGCCGGACGUGGAAGACGGGGAGAAUCUAUCGUUUCUGUUCAACGCGUCCAAGAAAGGCGAAUGCCAGGUGAACGACACGUGUCUGCUGGAGACGGUGACGCUGGCACUGCUGGAGGCCAUGGACGAGCAGCACGGACGCGAGUGGCAGUUGCGUGUCAACGUGGACGAGGACGAGUGGCAGGAACUGAAGCCCACCGACGCCGAGCGCUCUUACCGCUACAUGGAGAGCAUGCGGUCCCUGCAGGCGGCGCUGAUCGGCGACUACGGCGAGGUCUCACUGCUCGAUGUCGGCACAUGGGAGCCGGGCAAGGGUCUCCGCAUCACGGACGACCUGUUCCCGCACGUGAGCGGCGGCUUCCGCGGCCGGACCAUACCCAUCAUGUCACUGGAGUUUCCUCCUUGGCAAAUUUAUGAGAGGGACAGCCGCGGCUUUGUGUACAAAUAUACGGGCGUCGUGUUCGAGCUGGUGAACGAACUGGCAUCGAAGCUCAACUUCUCAUACGUGGUGCGGGCGCCGCGGGAUGGCUUGUGGGGCGAGGAGGUGUCUCCCGGCCGCUGGAACGGCAUGAUCGGCGAGGUGCUAGAGGGACGUGUCAUGCUGGCGGCCGGCGCCUUCACCGUCAACGCCGCCCGCCAGCGCGUCAUCAACUACACCGUGUUCAUCGACCGGCAGCCGUACAACAUGUUGACCCGCCGGCCGGACCGCCUCACACGCGCCCUGCUCUUCCUCGAGCCGUUCGCCACCGACACCUGGUGGUGCAUCUUCUCCGCCGUGUUACUCGCCGGGCCUGUCCUCUGGCUCAUCAACCGAAGCAGCUUCUUCUAUCGCUACUACAACAUAGCCAACACCAAGGAGUUUUUUAGCCUCAAGUAUUGCUCUUGGUACACAUACGGCGCUAUUUUACAGCAAGGAGGCCCCCGACUGCCUCGGGCAGACUCAGGUCGGUUCGUGGUCGGCGUCUGGUGGCUGUUUGUCCUCGUGGUGGUCACCACCUACUCUGGCAAUCUGGUGGCCGUGCUCACCUUUCCCCGCAUCAACAACCCCAUCAACAGUCUACAGGACCUGCUGCGCUUCAAGGAUGACGUCACUUGGGGUGUCCAGGGCGGAACGGCCAUCGCUUCCUACUUCAAGGACUCUCCAGAGCCAAAGUUCCGCAAGAUUUACGAUGGCGCCAAGAUCCACAAUGGAGACACGGACAAGGAUAUCCUGGCAAUGGUACGCUACGAAAACCACAUCUACAUAGAGUGGAAGACCAAUCUGCUCUUCCUGAUGAAGGAGGAGUUUCGACGCAACGAUCGCUGCUACUACUCGUUAGCCAAGGAGAACUUCUUCGAGGAGUUCGUGGGCAUGGUGUUGCCUCCGAAAAGCCCCUAUCGGAAGAAAAUCAACAAAGAGAUAUCCAAAAUCCUGAAGGCGGGCUUCAUCCAAAAGUGGAAGGCGGACUUUUGGCCGGCGCAGGACCGCUGCUCCUCUACGGCGUACGGCGGCACCGGCACACAGAAAAAGGUCGACCUGGAUGACAUGCAGGGCUCCUUCUACCUGCUACUGCUUGGCCUGUUCAUCGGCCUGGUGUCGCUGCUGCUGGAGUGCUGCUACCGCAACACCGACUUCAAGCGACCGCAGCAGUCGGCCAAGGAGGUGGUCAUACAACACACGUUCUUGGAAUGAAGUUCAAAACUCAGAGACGUUGAGUGAUCCCAAGCUUCGCAUCCGAACGCCUGACACCAGUCCCCGACUUCCGGAAUCAUUGAUCUGACAUCCGAACACCGCCGCGGAGGGCCAUGUGUAACCGAAGGAGAGGCGAAAGGCUGGAGGUCUUCGGAUGGCGUGCGUUCGCUAUUAAAAACUGAUGUCAUGGUGUUGACUCCAGCACCUUUCGAUUUUAAUCACUUUGUUGUCAUUUCAUUUACCCUCAGCUCAUCUGUCCCGCAUUGGAUGGCUUAUCAGCUCAGCUGUCCCGCAUUGGAUGACCCUCAGCUCAGCUGUCCCGCAUUGGAUGACCCUCAGCUCAGCUGUCCCGCAUUGCAUGGUCCUCAGCUCAGCUGUCCCGCAUUGGAUAAUAGUCUGCUUGUCAGGCAGUCGAAGGGUAGAAAUGUAUUGGUGCACGCUUGAACAUACCGCGCUUGCAAGUUGCUUAGCCUCAGGUCAUGCAUCGGACGAGACAAGCCAAUGCUGCAGUAUCUAAUCAGAUUUGUUUACGCUUAAAACGUCCAGCGCAAAAGACGUACGCCUUUACGACAAAAUGUCCCAUUCGAGCGGUGGCUAGCGUCAUUUAUCCUUUCAUGGACAUACCCCGUCCGUAUGUUCUCCGCAUAGCGACCUAAUUAGCGCAAUGUCGGUCUCCAACGGGAUUUGCAGCAAUCGUUAGUCGGAACUCGAGUCUUGUUCACGUUUUUAAUGGUGCAGAAAUCGCACUGACCACCGGAUCAAGUCCCAGCAAACAUGCAAGAACACCCAAUGUCUCUGAGGGAAAUCGCAAGCUUCACUGCGGAGCGAACGUCGCUUCGCGAAAGGGCGUGGUGAUCGCGCCGCACGGCGAACAAGGUUUAGCCAUUUGGGUGCUAAGGGGACCGAUAUUUUUCAUGCUAUUGCACAUACGCCAUGGUAUCGGCUGCCUGUUGCUUCUCCCCUCACUGAGGUCCGACCAGUCAGCAUCGAGCCGGGUGAUGAUCAACCCGUAUGUCAUGCGCCCCGGGCUGGGCAAAUCGGGCGGACAGGUCAGGAGGUGGGGGGCUCGGGGUUUGAGCCCAAGGGGACGGCACUUUAGCCGCAAAGGAGGUGUGUUGGAGGCAGAGACGGUAGAGGACACAAGGGGUCUGGUAGCAUGAAUUCGUACUGACCUCCCUGACACCCAAUCUGGGCGAAUCUUGCCACACUGACUGACCGUGCAUUUAAAGGCGCUGCGUACCAUGGAGACUCGACGGCCUUGAGGGCACGAGACCAUAUACAGAACCCGCAACAGGAAGGGAUCGCGUGUUCCUUUCCUUUUUAUGUUAUACUGUGCAUAUGCACACAGAAAAUAAUACUAUGCGUUCAUUUAGUAUGCAACAAGCGUUUGCACGCUUGUUUCGCUGCGCUCAGUGAACAAUUUAGAAAUUUCAAUUGCAUAUGUCUGGUAGUUUAAAUUACAGUUCUAGGUCCCCUGGUUGCCGAGAUAUCGCGCAAAUGUGAAAAAGACUCGGCCACGGACCGCGCCCGGUGCUGGCGGUCUCCGGUGGCCGUCGGCGGAAGAGAGCGCAUUUCACCUGCGCUCUCCGCAAUAAAGGCAAGCCUAUUCCAUGAGACCGGUGCUUGAUAGUGAGACGUAACCGGUAACCUUUGCCGUUUCCAUGCACUGUCCGUCUUUGAAUGAUGGCAGCACGCACUGCCGUCGCUUUAAACGGUAUUGCGUUGUAUCGAACAGUGAAAAACGUUGGGUAUCGGCCAAAUCAAUUUUCCUGCCCCGCGGACCCGUGACGUUACCUUAUGUACCACAUGAUUGUCGGCUCGAUUACCCACCAAUGCAUGCUACUCCCGAGUGCGCCCGUAACCUGGAUGAAGAAAUGUGGCACAACAGUUUAAAACUGGGGAAAAGAUAAACAUCCAUCAUCCUCAGUUUCAUGAAUGUUUUGCGGUUCCAUUCACACCUCCGCCUGCCCUGGGUCCUAAAAUGUGACGCAGAACAUGUAAACCCGUGGAAAAGAGCAAACGCCAUCCUCCUGACUCGUGUGUGCCCGACACAUGUAGCGUGCCACCCAACACUUGUGACACCAUGGGAUUUCCCGUUCAAUGGCCUAUCGCAGUAUGUCAGUCUCGUGUUACUGCGUGCCAUAAGAGAUAAAAUCCCGCGUAAAACGUAAAAUGGACGAAAUCGGCAAAACACAUCGUCACAGCUAAUGCGCACAUGUCACAUGACACGUGCAGCAUGACAUCGUACACGUUUGAGUGACUGCCCGUUCGAUUGCGUAUGGAAGCAUGCCAGUCCCGACGUACUUUAUUCCCUGGUCUCUGAGAUAUCACAAAAACGUGUGAGCCCCUCAAAAAGGCAAAACACGUGUAAAUCCGUGGUUAAACACGUGGGCGUCAUGACCUGUGGCACGUGUCACCACACAUUAUCAGCAAUGUUGGGAAACAAAAUCCACGCACGAACGAGCACUGCAAACACAGCGACCGUCACACAGCGCGCUGUCGACCGCACGUGCGCGGAGAUCCCGCUCACAUAUGGCCGUUCCGCCGGCUCACAGCCGGCCAGACCGACCGAGCGCCAGAAUGCUCGUCGUUCGGUAAGACCUGCGAAAUGAACUAAGUUGAAAGCCAGCCACGUGAACGGUCAUUUCGGCCCCUAACGCCCAAGGUGUACGCCGGGAGCCAGGUCAAUAACUAGUCGUCGUGGCGAUAAUGUCGUCAUGUAAUCACUUAGUCUAGGCUCAUUUGCGAGCGACAUGUGUCAAAAUGUGAUCAACAAAAGGCUGGUAUAGAGGGAGAAUGAAACGGCCAACACGCUAAUGCAGUUUUCAGCGUUAAAUUACGCAUAGUUUUGAUGGUAGCAGCUUGCAUUCGGCGCCGAUUUUCAAAACUUGGCCCGUUGCAAACUGUAUUGCAAUUUACAGCGCAACGUUGCGUUGCACAAGCUCGCAAAACAACUGGAAGUGUACCCGCUUCAAUUGUUAAUGUUAGCAAACAACAUCCACACCUGUACGCGCACUGGGAGCCGAGAUAUAACCCAAAACGUGAAACCCCCUCAAAAAUGGCCAAUUCCAUCUUUCCAGCACGUGUGCACGCACCACGUGGCGUAAAAAAACAAACAUCAGUCCGAUGGCCGAUUCCAUUGUCUACUUCACUGUGCAAGUUUCAUGUCGCUGCGACCCUUGGUUAUCAAGACAUGGCUCCGGGAGUCGGGCCGUCGGCCAGAAUCGCGAAAUUAGCGUCGCCUGUGUUGAGCCUAUGAAAAAUUGAGCUAGUUUUUCGCUCGCUUUUGCGAAGCGCAGAAUUUUGACGUGACUCAGUCACCGCCAGCAGGCCUUAGUCGUGUGAAAACUUCACGGAAAAACUCCAGACCGUUUAGCCUGCAGGCGAUCCCAAUUAAAUGGCGGACACAUACGCACACACAUACACAUCGUUCCUUCAGUAACAUAGAAGAGAUGCAUUAGCGUUGAACAAUGCGUUAGCUCGAUUACGUGCACCGCUUGCACAUUCUAUGAUAAUCUAUCAUGAGCGGAUUGUUCAUUUUGACAGUCCAGUGGCUUAUUUACCCAAAUUGCUUGCACCACGCUCCACAUGUUUCGAAUCAAAUGAUAUAUGUAUUUCUGUCAUGCCUAAAUGCAUCCGCUGCUCUGAAGCGCAUUAAGGUUUUUGUACGGUGAGGCCAGUAGUCACAGCAUUGUAUUGUAUCUUGGACGGCACCGGACCGGCAGGGUGCCGUCUGCACGCGCACACAUGCCCCUUCAGUUUAUGCGUGAAACGCAAAAUUGGCAGAAUGGCAAAAUCCUAAAAUCCGCAGACACGUUCGGUGAAACCCGGCUCGUAGCCCGGCAUCAGGCCAUAGCAAAUUGAGAUCAAUACAUUUCAGUGCGGAAAGGAACGGGCAAUCGUGCAUGCGAAGGCGCGAAUCGAUGCGCGUUGACGCACCAGUGAGCUUCGGCGCGAACCGUUGACGCACCGGUAAGCUUCUGCGCGAACCGUAGAUCCGACGGCUUUCAGGCGUCGGAAUACCCAUUCCCAUACCGUGAUACCCAUUGGGAAAACAAUGGGUAUCAGAUCUCGGUCACCCGAGCAGACAACGUGAAAAUGCCUGCACCGUGCACGCGUGUGUACCGUCAGUCCAGGCAGUCCAAUCCAACCAUCCAGGCGGUCCGACACCGUCGGACCGAUAGCGACGCCGGCAGGCGACGGGAAACCGGCCAAGGCCGGGUUUUCCGAACACACUCUCGAAUGCAGCACGCUGGCAACUAAACCGAGCGAGCAGGGACCCUUAAAGCGGCACAGGCACACAGCUCUAUUCGUGGUGAAAAAUAUCCACAAAAAGUAUGUCCGCAUUCCACAAGUCUGGUCGCAACCACCCAAAGCGUCCAUCCAUCGCUGCAAAUACCAACGUUUCCGUUGGGACAAAUUGCUGCGCUCAUUUGUCGGCCUAUGAACGGACCAUACAUUGACAUUGGGGCUCAAAUUUCUGCUAACAGUCUCACGCGUGGAAGAUAUUCAUGAAUAUGAAUGGCAUGCUGUGCUUGUAGCUAAAUGCGGCAAAAGAGAUGAUGCGGAAACAGCGUCUGGCAGUUGCACCGAUACUUGCAAUCUCCGCAAGUUUCCGUCCGUCGGAAACUCUUGUUACUUACCGUGACGGUAUUUUACCAAGUAAAACACUGUCACACUGCUGGUGUGACACCAGUAACACAUCCGUACAACGCGCAGCUGGCUUUACGCCUUCGAAUGGCAUAGUGAGAUUGGGUAAAUCAUAUAUCCCGCAGGUUAUGCACGGGUGCGGCGAAUAUUAAAACAUGUGAGGGGCCAUUCGCAGCCCGUGCAAUGACGCGAAACGAAAACAAUGUGAACGAGAUACAAAAGCAUGUGCGCACACAUUGCUGCUCUUCAGCAGUGGUCAGCACAUUCAGCUGGUUACAGUGUGUCGAUCGCAAGACAUGAGCCGGCUCAUUUUAUCACGCGUGAUUUGUCAAGGACAGCAUGAGGUGGAACUAUGGGGUUUGGCAUGCGGUGGCCGACUAUGCAAGUCUUCAGAAAAUCGGGCGAACACCAGCAUGAAAAAUCUUUGAGAAGCCCGAUGCAAUGGGGCAGCCAGGGCUUUUGUAGGAGUGGGGGGGGGGGGAGGGGGCAUGAAAGCACAUUCUUCAAAUACGAUAUUUUCUAUCUGGGAUUGGUCACUUCAUGUUUCACCCCAGCCCUACUCCCAUUGAAGGCAUCGAAUAAUGGUAGGGUAAUAUCAUCGUUUGAUUAGCGUCAUUUUGCCCUUUUUGAGAAGCUAACCAUUUUCAAGCUUCUGUUCUUGGUGUCCCUUUGUGUUUGACCACGUGCUGUCAAGCACAAUAGGUGAGCCAGCGGUUCCACCCUUUGUCCCUCUAUUCAUCAAGGCCCGUCCGAGCUGAACAUUCGGACUUGGCUUGCGGUAGCUGGCAAUGAAAGUCGCUGGAGACGCAAGAACAUAUCGCGACAACCAAUUUUAAAGUUGCAUCGUAGUGCUGACACGCGUCAUCUCACAUACGGCUUCAUAUGUGGCUUCAAUCACCAAUUUCUUCCAGCCGAGCCCCACUCCCAUUCAAAAGCAUUAAAUGGCGUUCAGUUCGUUCAUCACGCAUGCAAUAGCCAUGCUCCAGUUCUCAGCGACAAGUCUACCCGCUCAAACCCCACUUGUUUAAUUUCAGCGCCAGCAAUGUUGAAAAACGGUACCACUGUUCUAAAAAACGUCGAGCAGAUAAACCAUAUUUGGUUUCGGACCUUUUACCAUUUGGCCCCGAAGAGAAAACUUAAUGUUUUUUUUUAAAUUUUGCCGAUUCGCAUGGGGGCGAGCCCACUGAACCCCUUGCCGCGCCCUUGCCCUCGACCAGUGCUGCUGCCCAUAUGAAUGUCAAUUUGGAUAUACUGCGUAGAGAAGCAUUUGUCCCCCCCCCCC